AUGGCUGCCAACUCGGGCUCAACGGUGCUGCUCCGCCUCGGUCACCUCGACUCUGACGUCGACAGUCCUGUAUAUGGCAAAAAUACUAAGAGUACAUUCUUUGAGAGACUACGCAGUAGCUCUCCUGUGACAAACAGACCAAUAAAAGCCCAUCGGCUGCAGCGGCACAACCCACUAAGCAGCAGCCCAAGAGCAGCAACCAGUCACAUCUACCGUCACGCACGACCGAACGAGAGACACUUCGCAGCUCAGCUCUGUUCAAAUGCUCCUAAAAAACCUCAGUCCAAAUUCACCAAAUCCACCAGCACGGUAGCACUAGAGCCAGAUGAGCACGGGGGAGCGGCGCUCUGA